AUGGCCAGCUCCGGGUCGACUGAACGGCGCCCAGGCGAGGUCGGGUCCAUCACGGCGCUCAAGUCGCAGCCACGCGCCGACGAGGCGCUCGACCUGUUGCGCAAGAUCGCGUCCUUGGUCAAGCCCAUCAUGCGCCGGCACGGUUGGCACCUGCCGACGCUCUCUGAGUUCUUCCCCAAGAACCCGAACCUGCUCGGCGUCAACAUCAACGGCGGUGUGAAGAUCUGCAUCCGCCUGCGGCCCCAGCACGACCCGUCGUCGUUCCUCCCGCUCGAGGACUCGCUCAUCGGCACCAUGCUCCACGAGCUCGUCCACAACGUGCGAGGUCCGCACGACGACAUCUUCUUCAAGAAGCUCGACGCCCUCCAGGACGAGUACGACGAGCUGCGCGCCAAGGGCUACAGCGGCGAGGGCUUCCUUGGCGACGGACGCCGCGUCGGCGAGGGCGUCGGGCCCGACAAGGGCGUCAGCGUGCGCGAGGCGCGCGAGAAGGCGCUUAAGAGCUUCGAAGAGCGCGAGCGCGUCCGCAAGGUGCUCGGGACGGGCGGCCGGCUCGGCGGCGCGGCGCCCGACACGAGGGGCAAGAGGAUGUGCGACGUGCUGGCCGAGGUGCGUCCCCCUUUCCCUGCCCUCUCUCGAUGCCUCUCGUACUGA